CUCUGCCGCCGCCGACCGCCUACGUAUCAAGGUUAGAACACCCUCGAGACCCGUGCGGGUGCCCAGGUGGAUGAUGUGGUGCGCGCGCCCCGACCCUUGAUCUGCCAUGGAAGCGUCGCCUCCGACUCAGCAACAACCACUGCCCGUCACAACGUUUCAACUCCACCACUUCGCCGGCCCACCACCACCACCGACACUGGCCCUAAAUACGCAUCUGUCCGCUUGCCUCGAGUCACUUGCAGCGAAAAUCAAGCAGCGCGCAAGCCAGCCCUCUCCCAAGCUCGAAAGUUUUAGCCGUUCGGAAGCGCAGCGUUUCCGUAUUAGAAAAGCUGCGCAGAACAACUCUCUCGCUCAGCCAGCCUACACUGGCCACGACUUCGUGGACUCGAGCGUCAACCAUGGGUCCCUACAGGGGCUCCCACCUCGCUGUGGCGGGCAACGUAACGAAGCGAGAGAGGGGCAAUGUUCAGCACGUGUUCAAGAAGAGGACGCUCGUCACCGACCCGGCCGAGAAGCUCAUGCUGGAGCUGCUUAUGAAUCUGCCAGAGGAAGUGAGGAAGGAGACUCCCGAGGUCAGGGCGGUCAUCGUCGCCAAGCUGAUCAAGCCGCUCAAAGCCAAACUGAGCCCUUGCGGCAGCGAACAAAAGUUCUACGAAGGAGCUCAGAAGUUCCUUCCUAGCGCGGAGGGUACGGCCUGGAGUAAGUAGAGAGCUUGUGCAACUCCUCGCAAUGAUGAACUAGCAAACUUACACGUGGCAGUGGAGAAAUGGUUCCUCCCGAGCAAUACACCCGCGACUGAGAACCCAAAGCCAAACGGCACUGGCACCACCGCCAGUGGGGGAUCGGGUGGUCC